AUGUGGACAGUUUACAAAUUGGUGAUAACGGAAUCCCAAAAUGAUGUAUCGAAAGACGUUGACAAAGAAGGUCAAUGGAAUGAGGGAUUUGAUGCGUCCACUGAGAAUGUACCGAAAAAAGAUAUUGAAUUGGUAGGAGUGGCGGAAAAAAGUGAAGAAAAUAUUUUGAAUCGGCCGAAAUGGGACAAUCAAUUAGAGUUUCUGAUGUCGUGUAUAUCUACAUCAGUAGGUUUGGGCAACGUGUGGCGUUUUCCGUUUGUCACAUACCAAAACGGAGGAGGGGCUUUUCUCAUUCCCUAUAUUUUGGUACUUCUACUUAUCGGAAAGGCCAUGUACUACUUAGAAACUGUUCUUGGGCAAUUUAGUAGCAGCAACUGCGUCAAAGUAUGGGCAUUGUCACCUGCAAUGAAAGGCACGGGAUAUACACAAGCUUUGGGCGCCGGAUACGUGCUGUCUUACUACGUAUCAAUCAUAGCAUUAUGCUUAUAUUAUUUGGCAAUGAGUUUUCAAUCUCCGCUGCCUUGGGCUAUAUGUAAAUCAGAAUGGGAUAAUUGCGUGCCCUCAGGAGAAUCUGCAAAUAUGAGUUCAAUGCAAGGCGACCCAGUUAGCAGUGCAGAGCUAUACUUCACACGUACGGUACUUCGACAAUCAAAUGGAAUCGAUGAUGGAAUCGGUGUGCCGUUAUGGGACCUAACACUAUGUUUGUUGGCAUCUUGGAUAAUAAUAUUCUUUAUCGUCGCUCGAGGAGUAAAAAGCUCUGGCAAAGCUGCAUACUUCCUUGCUUUAUUUCCAUACGUAGUUUUGUUCAUAUUGCUCAUACGUGCUGUCACUCUACCUGGAGCUGGUAAUGGUAUACUGUUUUUGAUAACGCCAGAGUGGGGGAAAAUUUUAGAAAUUAGAGUAUGGUACGCGGCAGUCACACAAGUGUUCUUUUCCUUAUCAGUGUGUUCAGGGGCUCUCAUUAUGUUUUCGUCAUACAAUGACUUUAAGCAAAACGUUUACAGGGAUUCUAUGAUCGUAACCACGUUAGAUACCUUUACAAGUCUUAUAUCUGGCAUUACAAUUUUCGGAGUAUUAGGAAACCUAGCUUACGAGCUUAACUACGACGAUGUUAGCAUGGUUAUUGGUUCCGGCGGUACGAGCCUUGCUUUUAUAUCCUAUCCAGACGCCAUCGCUAAAUCACCUGCAGUUCCGCAGCUCUUCGCUGUCCUCUUCUUCUUAAUGAUGGCUGUGCUGGGCGUGGGAUCCGGCGUCGCACUGCUAUCGACUAUUAACACGGUGCUCCUCGACGCCUUUCCCCGCAUUCCCACUGUGUAUAUGUCUGCUAUGGGGUGUACAGUCGGCUUUUUGAUAGGCCUCGUCUACGUUACUCCGGGUGGUCAAUAUAUAUUAGAAUUAGUCGACUAUUACGGUGGAACAUUCAUGAGACUGUUUGCAGCUAUCGUCGAAACCAUUGGAGUGAUUUGGAUUUACGGUCUUGAAAACUUGUGCUUAGAUAUAGAAUUUAUGUUGGGGUUGAAAACAUCAUUCUACUGGCGUAUUUGCUGGGGUAUCAUAACACCUUUCAUGAUGAUCGCAGUGUUCUAUUACGCUCUAGUAAAUACUGAAGCACUUAUGUUCGGUGGGACCUAUCAGUAUCCUAGAGAGGCUUAUAUUGCUGGGAGCGCUUUACAGUACACAGGAAUGGCACUGAUACCAAUAUUUAUUAUUCACGCUCUAUGGAAAUACAGAUCUAAUAACUUUGUUGAGACCGUGAAAAGAGCUUUUAGUAAGAAGCCCACUUACGGACCCCGUAUGCCAAAACUACGUGAAGAAUGGAAGCAAUUCCGUCGCGACGCAAAGUACGAGCGGGAACUUCAGCGUAAAAACUGGUUCCAUCAUAUCGCUCUAUCUCUAUUUGGCGGAUACAGGAGUAGAAACCCAUGA